GUGCAUCACCUGCUUUGCAGACAAGUUGAGUCCAACAAUCCAGAAGUACUGGAGUUUAACUUCGGCGGAUCUGCAGUGCGGUUUACGAAGUGGGAAUUCGCACUCAUUAGUGGGUUAAAGUUUUGUAGGUACCCUUCGAUGUAUUAUUUGCAAAUUUCCAAAAGAAAUGAGCUGCGCACGAGGUUGCUAGAUGACAGGAGUGACUUGAAACCGCCCGAACUGGAACGACUAUUCAAGGAUACACUUUUUGUGGAUGAUUGGGAUGCUGUUAGAAUUGCGUUACUAUAUUUCUUAGUUCAUGGUGUACUCGGAAUGGAUCCGAAGGUUCAAAUAAAAAAAAAAUUCAUUGAUUUGGUUGCUGAUCUCGACGUAUUUAAUUCCUACCCUUGGGGCAUUCUGAGCUACAAGGAGACGAUCAACUCAUUCCACAAUGCAUUCCAGCUACGAGGACGAGGACGUGCAGUAAAGAAUAUAUCACAGUAUUAUGACCUAAAAGGUUUUCCAUUGGUGUUUCAGGUGUGGGGGUUUGAAGCAAUCCCUGAUUUUGGUAACCAAUUUGCCGACCGGUUGGAAACCCGUUGUCCGAGGAUCCUUGGAUGGCAUACUCCAAGGUAUAUGAAAUUGACUGAUAUGAAAAUUGUAAAAGAAAGGAAACAAAUAUGUUAA